GUUGCAAUGAUAUCUCAUCAGUAUCAUCGAGUAGCUUGUCGAUGAUUAUAUAAAUUUGUUUGAUAUUGUAACUCUCAAAUUCUGCGAAUGUCAUGACUGCUGCAUUCUCAUCGGGAAGAGCCUUGAUAUCGUUGAUAAUGUGUAACAACGAUCCGCAAGGAUUAGCGCUGUUCUGUGAGUAUCGAAGCGCCAUAAUGGUCUUUCUUACCUUGAAUGCAGAUCCAUUGGCCUGUGUCCUUGCUCCUACUAUGUUCAUGCUUUUCAGCAAGGCCUACCCCUGCAUAAUAGACGUUGAUGCUGACAUCUGCCUAACGCCGCACCUAGUGUUGGUGCUUGGCGUGCUGUUGCCGUCGCUGUGACCGACCCCGUCUUUCCUGUUCCUAAUACCUCCGGUUACUUCUCUAUCGCCUUCGCCACGUUGAUCAUGAAAGCGCGCACAAGGGCAUGUUUAGUGUAAUCACAGCACAAAUCCACAUCGCCGGAACAAGUAGAUAAAUG